CUGGGACAUAUCAAUGGCAUUGUUGUAACGUGAACAUUCCGGUAAGCUAAGGCCUUGACAGCGCCUGUCAUUGGAAUGUACUAUACUGGGAUGCCUCAGUAGGCAGGUUUGAUCCUAACAGCGGCCGUUAUAAAGCUCAUUAACCUUCAACUAGCUCUAGCACAAGGAAGUCAAGUCUCCACAGUUACUCUCUUGAUUAUUUGCACGCCGAAACAGUAACGGCGCCAUGGUUUCUUUCAAGACUCUCGUGCUUACGAUGAUCCCUGCGGUGAUGGCGCAGAACAAGACCCUGAUUGGCACCACGAGCGAGUUCCGCGUCUGCACCGUGGACGCCAGGCCCAUCUACUCCGAAACCUGUAUCCCCUUGAACCAAACUGGAUCAACCCAGUUCAACGUUGCUGUCGGCUGUCGCCAAUUUGGAAACACCGCAUGCACCGGAAGCUACGACACGGUGGGAUACCGGAGCGACUGCUAUCAGAAUAGCCGGUUCUUUCAGAACUUUGGUACGAUAAGUGGAAGCAUUUAUUGCUAUCCUUCUUAGGGGACGAUGGGCAGUCGAGACUUGUCUGAAGAGUCUGUGGAUGGACUUUACGCAAUACUAUUAUGACUGUGAGGGCAUGCUUAUCUAGGUAG